GCCACUCGCCUGGCUGUGUCCUAUUAGGUUCUGGGGCUUUAGCAUCCUGGCUUGGGCGGGGGACGGGUAGCAUCCGUCCUAGGAUGCCAGGAACAUUGCCUUGCGGGCGGAGGCCAGAUCCUCGGGAAGCCAGGCCAUUCCGUCCCGCCACUUGUCCCAAACCCAGGGCAGGCAGUAGUCACCGCUCUAGGAAGCGCUGAAGAUCCGGGCACGCCGCCCCUCUCAGGGGCAGAAAGCCAGCUUCCCCCAGCUCCCUGGGAAGACCCGGCCAUCCUCUCAGCCAGGGCAUCUGAGGGCAGGAGCUGCGCCAGGCGUGCGGGAUAGACCAAGAGAAGAGCACCCCCGCCGAACCUCCUGUCCCCUACCUGGACCCAGACUCGGCGCCGCACAUUCCCCCCGGGGGGGCCCAGCGCAGUCACGCGCGCAUCCCACUUGCGCUCACACGCGCGCCGAGCUCACGCUCUGAGCCCCGCACACCUGCGCUCCGCCCCUUGAUCCCGGGCCGGCAACGGGGAACUGCAUUUGGGAACCCAGGGCGGCUGCGGGGGGCUCCCCCAUCGUCUCGCUUCCCCAGGGCCGGAGUUGUCCAGAGCCUGCCGCCGCGGCCAAGCAGCCCGCAGCCCGCGCCAUCCUUCCCUCCCCCCGCCUGCCGCGGCCCCGGUAUCCGCAGCCACAGCCGGGAGCCGGUGAGGCGGCGAAGGGGGGAGGGGGAGGAACCAAGGGAUGAGCGCCGGGAGGGCGUCGGGGGCCUUGAGCCGGACUAGAACGCCCCUGGAGCCGGAACCCGAGCCGGAGUCGGAACCAGAACCAAACCACCGGUACCGGGUGGGCCAGCGGCAGCCCCCUAAACCCAGGAGGCGCCCUGGCCCGCGCUCGCCCCCCAGGGCCUCAUGUCGGAACCACAGCCUGACCUGGAGCCGCCCCAACAUGGGCUGUACAUGCUCUUCCUGCUUGUGCUGGUUUUCUUUCUCAUGGGCCUUGUGGGCUUCAUGAUCUGCCACGUGCUCAAGAAGAAGGGCUAUCGCUGCCGCACGUCCAGGGGCUCCGAGCCAGACGACGCCCAGCUCCAGCCCCCUGAGGAUGAUGACGUGAAUGAGGACACGGUAGAGAGGAUUGUUCGCUGCAUCAUCCAAAAUGAAGCCAACGCUGAGGCCCUGAAGGAGAUGCUGGGGGACAGUGAGGGAGAAGGGACAGUGCAGCUCUCCAGUGUGGACGCCACUUCCAGCCUGCAAGACGGAGCCCCUUCCCAUCAUCACACAGUGCACCUGGGCUCUGCGGCCCCUUGCAUCCACUGCAGCCGCAACAAGAGGCCCCCGCUUGUCCGGCAGGGACGCUCCAAGGAAGGGAAAAGCCGGCCCCGGCCUGGGGAGACCACCGUGUUCUCUGUGGGCAGGUUCCGGGUGACACACAUUGAGAAGCGCUAUGGGUCACAUGAGCAUCGCGAUGGCUCCCCUACAGACAGAAGCUGGGGCUCUGGUGGGGGGCAGGACCCAGGAGGUGGCCAGGGGUCUGGAGGAGGGCAGCCCAGGGCAGGGAUGCCUGCCACAGAGAGGCUGCCCGCCGAGGCACCACAGCCGCAGGCCCUAGCCAGUCCCCCAGUGCAGAAUGGAGGACUUAGGGACAGCAACCGAGUCCCUUGUACACUGGAGGGGAACCCUGGAGCCUCUGCAGAGCUGACACUAGGGGCCAGAGGGAGGGGACCAAGCCCAGGACUGCCCAGGCAAGAGGCAAAUGGACAGCCAAGCAAGCCAGACACCUCAGAUUACCAGGUGUCUCUGCCACGUGGAACAGGGGGUGUGUGACGCGAGUCUGCCUGAGCCCCAGAUCAGGUAAUGGCAUUGUCCUACCCCAAUUAAAACAUUCAGGCCCCUCAGUCCCCUGAACCGUCAGGGUGACUGGCACGCUUAGCCUCUACCACACAUCCCUUGCUUUGGAGGUGGGAGUGGGCACAUGCUCCAGGGAACAGGGAAGGUCCUGAAGCUCCUGGGGAUAAGCUGGGACCCAGACCAAACAGGAGCAGCACUGUUACCCUUUCUCUCUCCCCCAAGCCCCAUUUUUCAUCACUCUGACAGACCACCAGCUGGCAGGGCCGGGGGCAGGCGGGCGUGAAGGCCCUCCCCUCCACUGGACAGCACUGCCCCCGAGCUGAAGGACGAGCUCUGCUUCCACCUGGAAUGGCACAGCGUCAGGCUGGGGGACCUCAGGAGAAGUCUCACCCAUCCCCAGCCCCUCGGUCUCCUUCCCCUUCCCUGGCCAACAGGCCGCCUGGCCCUCCUUGCCCAACACCUCGCUCCACAUGCUAGAGCGUGGCAGCUGGGAGCGGGCCCCUGCCCUUGGUGGGCCCCUAAAGCAAUAGCACCGUAGGUCCCUUGCCCUCUUGGCACAACAGGCUCAGGUCCUGCCUUGGCCUUCGUGCCCUUUAUUCACUGUCAAUAAAUCCGCUCAGACCAUCA